CUCUUUAGUACUUCGGAUGCUACCGGAGCGCAUUGCCGGGAAGAUCGUUCUUAAGUCGAUUUUUCUUUUUUUAAACGACACUACGGAAUAUAAAUCAUUUCCUUGGUCGAUAUCAUCUCGAGCUAAUUAUUCUCACUAUACGUUUUAACUGAUAAUUUUUGUUCCCUUUUUUUUUCUUUCUUUUUCUUUUUUAAUCGCACGCACGAUCUUACAUUCGAUACGGACUUUAUAGGAUCGAACGAUCAUUCCUCGAUCGGUGAAAGUUCAGUUCGCGUCAGCGAAACUUAUAUCAUCGCGGUGAAAUGUGUAAAAAAAAGAAAUAUCUCUCGACGUCUGGCUUAAGUUCGAAAAGAUUUUGUUUCGUGAAGAGAAACGGGGGAAGGCACGGAUCGUGAUCCAUUAAAAGAUUAUUAUCUAUUUUGUGAUAGGAGAGGAAGAUUAAUAUUCAUUUUAAAUGUUGCAAAGGAUAAUAAUUAAAAAUGCCGUGCAUUCCAGAAAGCUCGAAGAUCUAUGAGCAAAGAUGAACGAUAGUCGAGUAUAAAAAAUGGCACCAUUCCACGGCAUGGUCCUACUGUUGCUAGGAAUCGGUUACCUGUUACACGCGGAACCAUCUUUCGGUCAUCGCGAUAUAGGGAUAAUAGCGGAUGACGUUAGAUCGAGACGAAGAGAAGAUCACGGAUAUUCACCUGUUUUGGAAUAUUUUUACGGCGAACGUAUUGACAACGAGAUGCGCAAGCAUUAUCGUACAAAAAGGCACACAUAUUUUUCCGAUGAUCUUCCACAAAACGUGACGGUCGCCGUCGGUCAAUUCGCCGUGCUGUCGUGCCGAGUCGAAAAUUUAGAAAACAGGACCGUAUCUUGGAUGCGAAAGAAGGACGUUAGGAUCCUAACGUCCAUGGAGACGACUUAUACCGCCGACAAGAGAUUCGCGAUAAUCGGUAAAUCGCCAAAUUGGGACCUACGUAUAGAUUCCGUGCAACCCGAGGACGCUGGUAUUUACGAGUGUCAAGUUAAUACCGAGCCAAAGAUGGACAGAGCGGUCAAUUUGAAGGUCUUGGACGUACAAGCAAAAAUCCUUGGCUCCGAAGAGGUAUACGUGAAGAAGGGAAGUAAAAUUAGUUUGACUUGUACCGUCGACAUGCAGGAUGUACCACCGAGUAACGUGACUUGGUAUCACGCGGGUUCGGUCAUCGACUUUGAUAGUCCAAGGGGUGGCGUUUCUUUGGAAACCGAAAAGGGCAAGAGUUUUACCAAAAGCAUGCUGGUAAUAACGCGCGCGUUACUCAACGACAGCGGCAAUUACACGUGCUUCUCAAAUAAGGCUGCUCCAGCUAGCGUGGUGGUUCACGUGUUGAACGGAGAACAUCCCGCGGCGAUGCAGCAUGGAGGCAGCGAUAGUGUCAACAGAAGGAUAGUCUUAUUCCUCACGAUCGUACUACCGAUCGUUAUAUUUCGCGAGCCGCCACUUCUCGACGUUCCGGGUUAAGGAAAAGAGCCAAAAGAAGAAAGAAAACGACCGAGGUUGAAAAGACAGAGAGAUAGACGGAUAGAUAGGUAGAUAGGAAAGAGAAAAAACGGAAAACGAAAAGAGUAUUUUUAUAUACGUAUACGUGUAUAUUUUUUUUUCUUCUUUCCUCUUCUUCUACGUAUCUUUAACUCGACGAAGCUCCUCGAGAUGGAUUAGAAUUUUCAUCAUUAGCUUUUAUAUCGGCGAAUUAAAACGAUUGUAGAAUUCUUUUUUCAAGGAAUUUGAAAUAAUACGAGCCUCGUUUAACGCGUUAACGAUUUAAAAUGUCGAAUUCGAAAGAAAUUCUUUUUAAACGUUGAGAGAAAAAAGGGAAUGUCAUGUUACGAAGUGAAAUGGUCAUUGAACGAAUAGAACAAGGGGCUCCCUGGUAUCGUCUGGGUUUAAUUAAAACGCAGAAUGAAAAAGGUCCGGUUACUUUGAAUUCUCGCGAAGACCUAAAGGGAAUCCACCACGGUUACGGGGCUCGGUAGCAAGUUGCCUGUUCGAACUCGAAAAACUUCGGCUUCGACCCCAUUCGUCGUCGGGAUCAGCGUGAAAGAAGAUAGGAGCGUAGUCGAGAAAAGUUAUCUAGCAUCUACGAGAAGAAUCGAGAGCGAGAAUUCUCGUAUUUCUUUCUCUUAGGUUCGUUCGUUUGCUCGGUUCCACUUAGACCCCUCCUUACUACUUUCAGCUACGUCGAAGGCAUAAUUUUCUUGCUUUCCCGCGAGAAACUCGGCCCUUGUUUGAUCGUAAGGUAUUCGUUAAUUAGCUUUAACAAUGCCGAUCACGAUGCACGUUUCUCAGUGCCCCUUAUAUGUAUACAUGUAUAUGUAUACAUGUACAUGUAUACAUGUAUAUGUAUAUAUGUAUAUAUAUAUAUAUAUAUAUAUAUAUAUAUAUGUGUGUGUGUGUAUAUACGUGCUUCUAUUUAACAGAAUUAUCUCUUCCCUUAUAUUCAACGGGACACAUAGAAUAACGCGUUAAAUGCGUUAAAUAAAUAGUCAAAAAGUAAGGGGAAGAAAUAGGAUAGGAAAAGGGAAUGGGCACUUGGCUACUGCCAAGAAUUGUCUUGUACGCGUUCCCAGUCGGUUAUCUCGGCUACUUUAUCUGACAAAACUCGUGAAGCACGGUCCGAGUUCUGUUAAAGCAAGAGAAAAUUAUAUCGCGGAAGUUGAGUACAAGACGGGAGGCGCGAGCUUUCUUAAACUUGCCGCGUCGCACCGCCUUCGCACCGGAAACGUGAAGUAACGAGCUGAGAUAGCUACGCUUUCGGGGAAGUUUUCUCUUGAAAUUGUCAACGUCUCUGUUGUGCUGUCCGUUCUGUUCCCCGUUCUGCUCCCCACCGGAAAGAUAACGUUUCUUUUUUUCCUCCUUCUUCCUCUUCUUCUUCUUCUAGGUUCCCUUUACAAUUCGAACGGACUUGUAAUACAUUUCUCGCGCCAACCCCCUUUCCUUCCUAGAAUUUCAUUAACUUUACCUAUCGAUCAUUUUAAGAUCGACUAAAAGGCUAUUUAUCCUAGACGGAGAGACGGUAUUCUACAUUUUCUUAUAUACGAUAUAUACGCAUACGUAAAAUAUCGACGUUUCUUUCUGCGUGACUGGUUCGCGAACAAAGGGAGGAAUCGGCUUUACAACUUGGCAGACGUUGUUAGAUACCAACCGAUGCCAUUCAUUUUUUUCAAUUUCCGCUUGGACCAGUUUUCCUCGUUUCCAUUCCAAAUUAAUCGUCGAUUAAAUCGUCCGCUCACGCUAUACUCGAUGUGUAAUUCGAGUGAAUUUUUCGUCCGAGCACUCUACGUAUACAUCGAAAGUAAUAAACGUGAAAAUACGAUGGAAUAAAAAAAUAUAAUCUUGCCGAGUUAUAUUACUUUCCCUUAUUGAGAGAUGAAAUUAAACUCAAAUAUAUCAUUGAAAAAUCAUAUGGUCCAGUUUUGAAUUCUCUCAUUAAUAAGUAAUCAACAACGCAUACGAGUGCGUGAGUGCGUGCGUUCGUCGAUCCAAACGCAAUUUUCGAGCACCGGCUUGCAUCAACAGGAUAAUAAAAGCUCUCAAAGUUUGUUCUUAAAUAGUCACCUAUGAAAUUCGAUAUUUCAAUAUGAUUUAAUCUUUUUAGGUAGUUUAACAAAUAGACGGGAAAGAUUGGUUUCUAUGCUGUAAAGAUAAAACUUGAUUAAUAUCAAAUAAUGAAGUCAAAGUUCGAUUAGGAAAAAAUAGGAGAAGCCGAAAGAACGAUACGGCUUAAGUUUCAACUACAAUCUGUUCUUUUUUUUUUUUUUUGUUCGUCCCUUUUCGAUGUACAUUCUAGCGGCAGCCACGGUCAAAGUAUCGACAAAAUCCAAGGAUUAUGGUAUAAGCUCGCAACUCGAAGAGUUGCCCUGGAAGAUUAACCCAAGUCUCCUUAUGGUGGAACAAUCUCGAGUAUGUUGGCCUUCCCAUCUCUUGAGAAGUUUCAAAAAGGAUGAUUUAUCGAUAAGGAGGAAAUUGAUUUUUGCGUGAUUGUUGAUUUGUCUCCAAGAUUACCUUCAAAUCCAUUCAUCAUUAUAAACGCCACAAAGAAAACUAUCGAUGGAUAUUCGAUUUACAAAUAUCUUAUAUCUUUCGUAAUCAUGGAACGACACAAAUUUUCUUCUUUCUACCUUUUUCUUUUUCUUUCCCAAGUUUUGCCCUUUUUUACGCGCGCACCUACGCACAUACACAUACGAUGUAGUUAGGAGUAAUCCUAAUAGCGAUCUCUUCAUAUUUUAUGCGAUAAAUAUGAUAUAUAGAAGAGAAAUAUUUUGUUUACAAUGAAAUUGUCAAUGUUCGUUAUAAAUUUAUUAAUCAUGAUUUCAUUGCCCUAAGUAUAUUAUUUUCGAUUUGUAAAUCAUUGAUACUUUACCAUUAAAGCGAUUAAAGAGAUAUAUCAUUUUGAACGAUAACAAUGCCUAAUAUAUCAAACGAUAACCUGGCAACAAACCAAUAAAAAGUAUUUUAUUUUCGAAUACGACGCAAUCGAAAUAAACGUCAUUUCGAAAGACUUGAAAACAAUAAUUCGUCUUAACCGAGAUAAAAUAGCUGAUUUUAAAGAAGCCGAUAUUAUUUCGUAGAAUUUCUGAUUGAUUGAUAUUGAAAAGGAAAUCAAUUGUUCCAGAAAUUGUAUAAACCCAAUAUGUCAAGAGAAUAAUAUUCGGUAUGAUAAGGCGGAAUUUAAAAAAGCGUGUCACGUGGUGAUCAAAUAACACUCUAAAUCGAUCGAUUUAUCAGGAAUUCGAUAAAUCUUACAUCCGAAAGAUUUUAAACAAAUUGUUAUUUACGAUAUACGAAACCAAUUCUUUAUCUCUGAAAAAUUUAAUUUUUCCUUAAUCAACGAAGCAUUGCAUAAAACAUUAUGGUCUAGAUCAGCUUCUUAUACAUACAUAUAUACAUAUAUAAAUAUAUAUAUAUAUAUAUAUAUAUAUAGAAUUAUUAUUAUAUAUUGUAUAUUGCAAUCAAUUCUUAUGUAUGUUUAAAUGCCUGCUUAUUAUGCCGACUAAUCCGAUGAAAGAUUUCCUUCGAACGCAUUACUACCACUCAUCGAAUUUUUUAUGGAACCAACAAUAUACGUUAUCUCUGAAAUCAACUUUUGUCCAACGAGUUUAAGUGAUUCGUCAUACUCUACGCUACGAACAUGACGUAGCUAGCACGAUUCAUCAAUUAUUGUCGUAUUCAUUAAUGGUGUUCAAAGUACAUGGCUCUCGAUGAUCGCAUGA